GAUUCUACAAAUUCUUUAUUGGUCAAACGAAAAAUCUGUGUAAUAACUUAAAACUAGUAUGGGAAAAAGACCUGCAAUGUAAAUUUAGUGAGGAGGAAUGGUCGAACAUUUUGUCAAAUACAGGAAAGGGCAUACGGGAGGCCAGGGGAAAGUUUAUUCAAUAUAAAUUAAUACACAGAUUUUAUUUCACACCCUCUAAACUACACAGAAUGGGCAUAUUGGCCAAUAAUCUAUGUUGGAAAUGCCAUACAGAAACAGGAACAUUUGUACAUGCACUUUGGGAAUGUAACCUUAUAAAACCAUUUUGGGAAAAAGUCCUAGAACAUAUGGAGAAGGGGAUGAAUAUGACGAUACCAAAAUCUCCCAGGCUAUGCCUUUUAGGGGACCACUCAGAGCUACCACAAGCAUCAAAGUAUGACCUUACUGUGAUAAAGGUGGGGCCUGUAACAGCCGCUAGAUUGAUUUUGAGGCUGUGGAAGAGUACCUCCCCCCCAGAAUUGAGACAAUGGCUGCAGCUUAUGGCAGAGAUAGUAUCCUAUGAAGACAUGCUGGCAAGAGUCAAUAAUGAAAAUGAGAACCUUAAGGAGUCAUGGGGCUACUUCUUUGUCCAUGGUAUUUUGGGGAUGUUGUGAGGAAUAGAUAGGUUACUAUGGUGGCUAGGUCUACUUAUCAUUUAGAUAUGUGCACAGGUAUAUGUGAUGGAUGUACUGUAUAUUCUUCUUCCUGGCUUUUUGGGUUUGAUACUUGAGUUAAAAAGGGACAUAUCACUGUACACUACCAUGCUGUCUGUUAUAUGCUGUUGUUUGUUAUAAUAUGUUUUUCUAUAAAUGAAAAUCAAAUAAAGAGUUGAAUUAUAAAAAAAGACCACAUGCUUACACAUAACGGAGAAAACCCUCGAUGUGUCCAGUGUGGAAAAGCUUUUUUACAAAUUUCAAGUCUUAAACUUCACAUGUUAGUACACACUGGAGAGAAGCCUCAUAUAUGUGUACAGUGUGGAAAAGCAUUUUUACAUAUUUCAAGUCUUAAAAUCCACAUGUUGGUACACACUGGACAGAAGCCUCAUAUAUGUGACCAGUGUGGAAAAGGUUUUACAGACAUUUCAACUCUUAAAUGCCACAUGUUGGUACACACUGGAGAGAAGUCUCAUGAAUGUGUCCAGUGUGGAAAAUCAUUUUCAAGAAGUUCAAGUCUUAAACUCCACAUGUUAGUGCAUACCGGAGAGAAGCCUCAUAAAUGUGACCAGUGUGGAAAAUCAUUUUCAAGAAGGUCAAAUCUUGAAGUCCACAUGUUAAUACACACUGGAGAGAAGCCUCAUAUAUGUGCCCAGUGUGGAAAAGGUUUUGCAGACAUUUCAACUCUUAAAAGCCAUAUGUUAAUACACACUGGAGAGAAGUCUCAUAUAUGUGUACAGUGUGGAAAAUCAUUUAGAAGAUUCCAACAACUUCAGCGCCAUAUGCUUUCACAUAACGAUGAGAAGUCUCAUAAAUGUGUCCAGUGUGGAAAAUCAUUUUCACAAAUUUCAAGUCUUAAACUCCACAUGUUAGUACACACUGGAGAGAAGCCUCAUAAAUGUGACCAGUGUGGAACAGGUUUUGCAGGCAUUUCACAUCUUAAACGCCAUAUGUUAAUACACACUGGAGAGAAGUCUCAUAAAUGUGUCCAGUGUGGAAAAUCAUUUUCAAGAAGUUCAAGUCUUAAACUCCACAUGUUAGUACACACUGGAGAGAAGCCUCAUAAAUGUGACCAGUGUGGAAAAGGUUUUGCAGACACUUCAACUCUUAAACGCCAUAUGUUAAUACACACUGGAGAGAAGUCUCAUAUAUGUGUUAAAGUGUGGAAAAGCAUUUUCAAGAAGUUCAAAUCUUAAAGUCCACAUGUUAGUACACACUGGAGGGAGGCAUCAUGAAUGUGUCCAGUGAGCAUUUAGAUCAUCCCAAGAUCUUCAACGCCACGUACUUACACAUAAUGAUGAGAAGCAUAGUGGUUAGUCGUCUCGUCAGCCACAUACAUAAAUAAAUAGGCAAAAAAUUGUAUAUGAAAAGUGAACAGACUACCGGUAAUAGAGAUGUUGGGAGGCUUGUUAUUGUGUUAUAAUAAUGUGAACAGACUGAUCAAGAUGUUGGGAGGCUUGUUAUUAUGUCAUUAAAAUGUGAAUAGACUGAUCGAGAUGUUUGGAGGCUUGUUUUCCCU